AUGGAACGGCAGUUUCAGCACUACUUGUGUGGUACAGAUGAAGGUUUAAGUGGGUCACUGCCUGGAGCCAAACCUCUAAAACCCCCAGGUGUUCCCAGAGGUGACACGCCAGGUGAAGGAGAAGGAGAAGGAGGUCCUGAUGGAGAAAGGACUGGUACAGGAGGGACGGGUACAGGACUGGGAGGAGUAGGAGGAAGUCCUUCCAGUACAGGAGGGGUUGGAGGAGUUUCAGGCGGUGUAACAGGCACAGGAAGAGGAGACAGUCCUGCUACUGGAACUGGGGUUGGACCAGGAGGUUCUGCCAGUGGUGUAGGGGGAACGCCAAAACCAUCCGAAGCAGGAACAGGUGGCGGACCUGGCGGAGUAGGUGGAGGGACUGGAACAACUGGAGGGGGUCCAGGGGGAGCAGGUUUGGUACCUGGCACUGGUGGAGCAGGAACAGGAAUCCUGAAACCUGGCAAAAGCUAUGGUGCAGGUGGAGUUUUACCAGGUGGAGGAAUUCGUUACCCAACAGGAGCUGGAGUAGGACUGGGAACCGGGAAACAAGGCAAAGUGUAUGGAGCAGGAGGACAGCUUGGGUUCAGGCCUGGUGGUUAUGGAACUGGUCCUGGUGGCUAUGGAACUGGUCCAGGAGGUUAUGGUGUAGGCCCCGGUGGCUACGGUGUUGGGCCUGGUGGAUAUGGAACUGGACCUGGAGGCUAUGGGAACACUGGUCGGGGUCCUGGUGGUGCUGGAACCCUUGGAGUUGGGACUGGGGGUUUAGGUGGAGGUGUAGGAACAGGACCUGGUGGAGUAGGAUCAAGAUAUGGCACUGGUCUAGGACUUGGUACUGGCACUGGAAAACCACCAAAAAGUUAUGGAGGAGGAACUGGUGGAACUGGGGUUGGACUGGGUGGUGCCGGAACAAGGCCAGGAGGUUUUGGACCAGGUGGUGUUGGUACAGGGCCAGGCAGCUAUGGACCAGGUGGUGCUGGAACAGGGCCAGGCAGCUAUGGACCAGGUGGUGCUGGAACAGGGCCAGGAAGCUAUGGACCAGGUGGUGCUGGAACAGGACCAGGCAGCUAUGGACCAGGUGGUGCUGGAACAGGACCAGGCAGCUAUGGGCCAGGUGGUGCUGGAACAGGGCCAGGCAGCUAUGGACCAGGUGGAGCUGGUGUUUAUACACCUGGAGGUCAAGGACUGGGUGCAAGAAAACCACCAAAAUCAGGCUACGGAUCAUCCUCACUGGGUGGAGCUGGUUAUGGGCAAGGUGUUGGACCUGGUGGAACAGGUACUGGACCUGGAAGAUAUGGACCUGGUGGUGUUGGACCUGGUGGAACUGGAGGUGGCUUUGGACCAGGUGGUGCUGGAACAGGAACUGGAGGUGGCUUUGGACCAGGUGGUGCUGGCACAGGAGGAGGCUAUGGACCAGGUGGAGCUGGCACAGGAACUGGAGGUGGCUUUGGACCAGGUGGUGCUGGCACAGGAGGAGGCUUUGGACCAGGUGGAGCCGGAACAGGAACUGGAGGUGGCUUUGGACCAGGUGGUGCUGGAACAGGCACAGGAGGUGGAUUUGGACCUGGUGGUGCUGGCACAGGAGGAGGCUUUGGACCAGGUGGUGCUGGCACAGGAACUGGAGGUGGCUUUGGACCAGCAGGACAAGGACUAGGAAAGAGAAAACCUUAUAAAUAUGGUGGGGUUGUACCUGGAGGCAUAGGCACAGGAACUGGCAGAUAUGGGCCUGGUGGUUUUGGGACUGGGGUUGCUGGAACCGGUGCAGGAACUGGAGGUGGCUUUGGACCAGGCGGUGCUGGAACAGGAACUGGAGGUGGCUUUGGACCAGGUGGUGCAGGCACUGGAACAGGAGGUGGCUAUGGACCAGGUGGUGCAGGCACAGGAACAGGAGGAGGCUUUGGACCAGGUGGUGCCGGCACUGGAACAGGAGGAGGCUUUGGACCUGGAGGUGCUGGCACGGGAACAGGAGGAGGUUUUGGACCAGGCGGUGCUGGCACAGGAACUGGAGGAGGCUUUGGACCAGGCGGUGCUGGCACAGGAACUGGAGGAGGCUUUGGACCAGGUGGUGCCGGCACGGGAACAGGAGGAGGCUUUGGACCAGGAGGUGCUGGUACAGGAACAGGAGGAGGCUUUGGACCAAGGGGCCAAGGAUACGGAAAAAGGAAACCAUCCAAAUCUGGAUAUGGAUCAGGAGUAUUAGGAGGAGGCACAGGAGUUGGCCCUGGUGGAGCCGGAACAGGCGGUUAUGGCCCUGGAGGAGCAGGAACUGGUAGCUUUGGCCCAGGAGGUGCUGGAACUGGUAGCUUUGGCCCAGGAGGUGCUGGAACUGGUGGCUUUGGCCCUGGAGGUGCUGGAACUGGUGGCUUUGGCCCGGGAGGUGCAGGAACUGGCGGUUAUGGCCCAGGAGGUGCUGGAACUGGUAGCUUUGGCCCAGGAGGUGCAGGAACUGGCGGUUAUGGCCCAGGAGGUGCUGGAACUGGUAGCUUUGGCCCAGGAGGUGCUGGAACUGGUAGCUUUGGCCCAGGAGGUGGAAGAACCGGGGGCUAUGGCCAAGCAGGUACUGGAAUUGGACCUGGGGGCUUAGGACCUGGUGGCCAAGCACUUGGGAGCCGGAAGCCCUCCAAGUCAGGCUAUGGCUCAUCGUUGGGUGGAACUGGAUAUGGACCAGGUGGUGGAGGUGGUGUGCUCCCUGGUGCAGGUGCAGGAGGUCUUGCUGGAGGGGCAGGAGGUUCUGCCGGAACAGGGCAGGGUGUAGGAGGAGGCGCAGGUGGCUUACCAGGGGGUGUAGUCCCUGGCUAUGGUGGGGGAGCUGGAGGAAUCUAUCCAGGGUAUGCAGGAGCUGGGCAAAAAUCAAAGGCACAGAAAGCUGCCAAAUAUGCAGCCAUGCAGGGCUUACUGGGAGCUGGAGGCUACAGAGGGGCGGGCUGUCAGGGUAAAUACUGUGGCCGGAGGAGGAAGUAAGAGGCCAACACACAGGAAGUGACCUCAUCAAAACAUUAGUGGUGCUAUUGCAUUUCCCCAGAUUGUAAAUGUUUUACCUGCAAUAGAAGCUAAAGCUUCAACACAUUCCAGAUAUUACACUUUUAUUUGUUUUGUUUGAUUUACAAAGGGUCUCUUUUAAAGAGAGGGGUGGUUCUCAGCCUGUUCUGGUCUUUGUGAGUCCUUCAUAUCAGGAGAUUCCCUCUGAUUCACAGUUUUCUAUGAGAGCUAAGCUACAGCAGAUCUGCGUGGGGAUACAUUUGUUUAACUCUAUAAGUGGGCAGACUGAGAACCAUUCAAAUACUAGAUUUUGUCUUACAUCGUGAUACAGCGCACAUUUUGUUCAUUCAUAUUUUUUUGUUUUAACAUUGAAAAUCAUUUAUGUUCCUGUGCAAGUAUCACCAUGACUCCUCUGGGUGAAGACUGCAGAAAAGGACACCCUCAGGGCAGCUCCUUCAGACCUGUCUGCAUGCUGACACGUGUUUUAAAAGCCUCCUCGGCCUCACUUUCAUCCAGUCUGACUGGAUUCAAGGUCUGCAUUAAGCUAGUGUAGUGUCUGUUUUUGUUAAUUCACUGUGUUUUUAGCUUUUGGAUUUUUGUACUAACACUUGAAGGAUCGAUCUGAAGAGAAACGGGCUGUUGUGUGAAAUCAUGAACAAAGUGAUGAAAUGUUAUGACUGGUCGUUAUCUCGACCCUGAAAAGCAGCCUGAGCUCAUUUUAACUGUUUGUAGACUUCAGCAGCAUCAACACAUGUGUGAGCUGUGAGAUUCUUCCCUCUAUUCAUAACACAAAGUCAGACCUAAGUUACUUUAUUUGGCAUUGGUGUAAAAUUAGAAUAUUUCUCUAUCAUUAGGAUUGUGUAUUAUUUGUAUUACGGUGUGGUUUAAACCCGGCGUUAGCUAAACGGGGACACAACUGAACCAAAUGUGAGACAAUCAGAGAGCGACACCUGAAGCAUUGAUUACUGUGUUUUCUUUUAUGAUGUGCCUUUUAUAACACUGUUGGUUAUCUGUUCACACUUGCUAGACUUUUUAAAUUAUGCUGACAAAAAGCAGAACAAGCUGAAUGCUUCAUCUUCAGUUUUUAAAUGUUAAGUGCAUUAAUACAGUAUUAAAUAUGUGUGUGUGUUUUAACAGUUUUUUACACUACAACGCUAAAGAUAAGUGCUUUGUUUUCAUUAUUCGAAUGUUCGCUCAUUCACGAAGAGAUAACACCGGUGUCUCUAUCUUUGUACCUCAAUGUGUUUUUAACAUCUGUGUUCUUUGAGUGGCCUAUGAAGAAAACUCCAUGCACUUUUUUUUUUACACUUUCAGACUUUCUGAAAUAAAGAAAUGACAAGUGAGAGUUGAA